GAUUGAGAUGAUUACAGUUAUUUGUACAUAAGAAUUUGUUAAUUUUUUUUUAUCAAUUCAAUUGAUUUAAUUGUCAAUUAUUUUUUACAUUCCAAGUUAAAGUUAAUCUGUUACCCUCACAUGGAAAAAGGGUCGUACUUGUUAAACUUUAUGAUCUAAGGUUUAGUGGUGAUUUUUGAUUUUUUUCUUCUUCUGUUUCUGUGUUGUUACGAUUGUCAUCAUUUAAAUGGCUACGCCUCCUAAGGUCGCCUUGAUGGAGAAUACAAUGGUUCAUUCUGUAGAUGAAAGGAAAGGCUGUAGAUCUUUACUUUGUGAUGCCAGUGGGAUUAUAAUUGCUGAGAUGGUUUAUAGAUGUAUGGUUUGUUAUUCAAUCCAUGAUUUUAUUGGUGAUGUGAGUAAACAUUAUCACACUGUUCAUAUGAAUGAUGGAGAUGAGGAAACAGGCGAUAUGACCAAUGAGGAGGAUAAAGAUCAAUCAAAUCGUAACAGCAACAACAACAACAAUAAUAAUAACAAUAAGAGAAACAGUAACCAUGUUCACAAUCAAAACAACAAUAAUAGUAACAGCAACAACAUCGAUAAUAAUAAUAAUAAUAAUAACUAUCUAUCAGAUCAUAGCAAUAAUUGUGACGAAUCUUGGGAAAUCGACGAAAAGUUUAAGUCCAAUUCGCAACCUCACGUUAAAUUAAAUUGCACUCAAUCCAACGCUAAUGAAAGUCACUCGAAUAGCCCAAAUGCAUCAGAAUCUUGUACUCGAAGUGGCUCAAUCCGUUGUCCGGUUUGUUCAAAUGUCCGAUGUUACACUACCCUUCAACGUCGAUAUGGUCAAUUCACCUGUGUUGCUUGCUAUCGAUUUUUUAAAGAAUUUUUCCUUAAACCUACUCGAUUCUAUUGUCCCUCUCUUGGUCAAUGUCCACUUGACGUUAAAUCCAAAUGUAAAGCAUGUUGGAUUUACGCUUGUACCAAGAUUUACUCGGUUGAUGGUCGACGGAAAACAAUCCUCGAGGAAAAUGCUCCUUUGAAAUCCCAUGAAAAUGAAACUGUUUCUUCAUCACCUUGUCCAUCAGUAAUCACAAAUUAUCAUAACGAAAAUAAUAAAUCAACCAAGUCGAGUCACAAUACAGUAAAUACAAUAAGAUAUUCCAAGUCUAUUGAUGAACAGAGUACAUCUAUCACAUCUAAUCCAAAGGAUUCUAACAGCUUUGGAAAUAACAUCUCCAACAAUCAGUCAACAACCUCCGGGUCUCCAAGUGAUUUAAAUCCCACCGGUGUCUCUAAAACUUCACCUAUCUAUGUCUUCAACUGCUCUCGUGGUGAUAAUUAUCCUAAUAAUAAUUCAGAAUUAGCUGGUUUAUCUGCUUUGAAUAUGAUGAAUAUAUUAAGCUGCGAGGAAGCGGUUCCAGACUGUGAUGAGCUGCUGGAGGAUAUUGCUGAAGAUUAUAGCAGCAUCGACUCACAAUUAAAUCAUUUCCCACCACAAAAGAUGAUAAAACUCGGAGAUGCACCAGAUAAUAAUAAUAAUAAUCUCAUAUCAAAUUGUUUCACUGAUCAAUUUGAUGGACAAUUUCCAUCACAAUUACAGCCACAAGCUCAGACUGCAAUCACCUCGACAACGACAGGACCUUUUUCAACUGUCAAAGAUGAUCCCACCAAUGAGAAAAGUACCAUUCCAAUAAUCACUGGAACUCCAAUCAGUGUAAUUAAAACUAAACCCGAUCGACGGAGUAAAGUGCGAGUUAAAAACUGGUGCUGUCUAAAAUGUGCCAAUUGUCUUGCCGAUGAUUGUGGAAAGUGUAUCAACUGUUUAGAUCGUCCCAAAUUUGGUGGACCAUUUGUAAGAAAGCAACGAUGUGUCAAUAAAAAGUGCCUUGAGAAAAUUCAACCUGAUCAACCAAAGUAAACAAUCAACCAACAAUUAACCAUAAUAAUAUAACUUGAGUGCCUUAUACAUAUAAGUCUAAUUCCAAAAAUGUCAACGAAAGUGCCUUCAAAAUCACAUAAUUUAAUCAUGAAACAAUUUCGAUUGUAACAAAAAGAAAAACAUUCUAAUCAAUAUUCGGAUGCUAAAAGACAAUUACCAAAUUAUUUACGUUCAGAGACAAUAAUUAUACCAUUUAGCUCAUAAUGAGCAGCAAAUUUUAUUAUUACAUAUGAAACAAUAACUUUGGAGCUUCAAUUGUUUAAUAAUUUGAAUGAAAAACGACCUUAAUUAUAGUUAUUGUUACCAAUUGAUUUAGUCAUCAUUAAUAACGAUCAAUAACCAAUUGAUCAGCCUUAUUGUUAAAAGUUAUAUUUACAAUUCAACUAUUAUCUAAAUUUUUUGUAAUGUUUUUCCUAAAAUUGACUUUCGAUUCAUUUUAAAUACUUGUAUCUGGUCCCUACACACACACAUAACAAUUAAUGCCAUAAUCUAUGAUUAUCUAAUUCCAAUGUAAUAAUUAUUUCCUUCUUGGCGCAGCUCUAACGCUUCCAGGUCACUAUCAGUGUCCAUUUUUGAUGUUCCGUCAAAAGCUGACCAGAACUUUUUCUCCUCUCUCUCUCUCAUUCCAUCUAUUGUAAAGAAAUGACCCUUACCUUUAUCAUACAACAAUAUUAUUAUUUUGUUUACUUUCUCUCUCUCUCUCUCUCUCUCUAUCAUUUAUACUAAUUUCUGUCUAAAUCAUAUAUUAAUCUUAUCACGACAAUUUAAAUAUGUAAUCCACAAUUAUUGAUUUUCUGCAGGAAAAAAAACAAAUUUACCAAUUAAUUAACGAAUAAAACAUUGAAUCUAUUAUAAUACGCUUUA